AUGAUCAAAGGUCCUUAUGCUCCUAACUCUACCAUCAAUAUUCAAUCAACCAAUGUGGCGUUCUCGGAUGAAAUUCCAACAAGUUUGCAAACUCAGGAAUCAAAGACUUUGUCAGCUAGUUCAAGAGCGGCCCUUUUCGAUAUGCAUUAUGUGAUUUCCCAGACCCUUUCUACCCUAAACAAGAAGUACUUAACAGGUGUGAUUAGCAAAUGUAUUCAUCACAAGACUAGAAGUUUAGAUCAAUUGAAUCUCUUUGAGCAAAGGAUUUUAUAUUCUAUUGUUUACAACAAGAAACUAGAAUUCGCUCAACUUUUUCUUGAUCAAAUGGUUAACUGCAUUACUGGGAACAAGAAGCCAUUGAAUGUUCCUUAUCCUCAUUGGCUUGGUCUGAUCUUGUCUCGAAAAUAA